AUGGCGGUUGAAGCUUGUUGCUUACGGCUUCUCAUGGUACUAGUUGUGUUUCUAUUUGCAGAAUCCAAGUUCAUUGCUUACAACACAACCUCGCAGAUUGUGCCCGGAAAGCUUAACGUUCAUUUAGUCCCUCACACCCAUGACGACGUCGGAUGGGUGAAAACCGUUGAUCAGUACUACACCGGUGCCAAUAACUCCCUCCUGGGGUCUCCCGCUAGUGUUAGAAACGUGUUGGAUUCUUUAGUUCCCGCAUUGUUGGCUGAUAAGAACCGCAAGUUCAUAUAUGCGGAACAGGCAUUUUUCCAACUAUGGUGGAGAGAACAAAGCGAGGCGAUCCAAGACACAGUCAAGCAGCUAGUCAGCUCUGGUCAACUGGAAUUCAUAAAUGGGGGAAUGUGCAUGCAUGAUGAGGCUGCUACGCAUUACAUUGAUAUGAUCGAUCAGACAACUCUAGGGCAUCGAUUUAUCAAGCAAGAGUUCAAUGUGACUCCAAGAGUUGGCUGGCAAAUCGAUACUUUUGGACAUUCUUCUGUGCAGGCUUACCUUUUGGGGGCCGAGGUUGGUUUUGAUUCUCUCUUUUUUGGACGAAUUGACUACCAAGACAAGGCUAAGAGAAAAGAUGACAAAAGCCUUGAGGUUGUGUGGCGAGGUUCUAAGAGUCUCGGUUCAUCUGCACAGAUUUUUGCUGGUGCAUUCCCUGGGCUAUAUGUUCCUCCUUCAGAUAAUUUCUACUUUGAAACUGAUGACCCUGCCCCUCUUGUACAAGAUGAUAUGAAUCUAGGUGACUACAAUAUGCCGGAGCGCGUUAAUGAUUUUGUAUCUGAAGCAAUAUCACAAGCAAAUAUUACUCGUACAAAUCAUAUCAUGUGGACCAUGGGAAAAGAUUUCGCAUAUCAAUAUGCUAAUUCAUGGUUCCGUCAGAUGGACAAAUUCAUUCAUCAUGUGAAUCAAGAUGGGCGUGUCAAUGCCCUAUACUCAACCCCUUCAAUGUACACCAAUGCCAAAUAUGCCACAAAUGAGUCCUGGCCAAUCAAGAGUGAUGACUUCUUUCCAUAUGCCAGCGAUGUGAAUGCUUACUGGACUGGAUAUUUUACAAGCAGGCCAGCCCUCAAACGCUAUGUUAGAAUGAUGAGCAGCUACUACUUGGCAGCGAGGCAAUUGGAAUUUUUUAAGGGAAUACGUAAAUCAGGGCCUAACACAGAUUCUCUGGCUGACGCUUUAGCAGUUGCUCAACAUCAUGAUGCAGUUAGUGGCACAUCUCGGCAGCAUGUAGCUGAUGAUUAUACAAAACGACUUUAUAUAGGUUACAAGGAGGCUGAGAAGGUUGUUGCAGAAUCACUUUCUUGCUUGAUAAACUCAAGAUCAAGCACUGGCUGCAAGAGAUUAAUAACAAAGUUUCACCAGUGUCCACUUCUGAAUAUUAGCUAUUGCCCCCCGUCAGAAGUUGAUCUUACAAAGGGGAAAGACCUGGUUAUUGUUGUCUAUAACCCUCUGGGAUGGAGAAGAAAAGAUGUGAUAAGGAUUCCUGUUGUCAAUGAAAAUGUCACUGUAAAGGAUUCAACAGGAAAGAAAGUUGAAUCACAGAUUCUACCCCUGCUUAAUGCAUCUGUCAGCAUAAGAGAUUACCAUGUCAAGGCAUAUCUGGGUAUAGCUCCAAGUGUGACUCCAAGCUAUUGGCUUGCAUUUUCAGCAACCGUACCACCUCUUGGUUUUAGCACUUACAUUGUGUCAAGUGCCGCCACACAGACAUCUACCACUUCAAAGAGACAUACAGUGUACAAGACAGAAACAAGUCAAGAUGAAACCAUCAAAGUUGGGCCAGGAAACUUGAAACUCAUUUAUUCUGGAAAUGAUGGGGAACUGAUUCAGUACACGAACAGCAGAAGCUUGGUCAAAGAGUCGGUAAAGCAAUCAUUUAGCUAUUACCCUGGAGAUGAUGGUAGUGUGGAGAUAUUUCAUUUUUCAAAGGCCUCAGGAGCAUAUAUCUUCCGUCCUAAUGGUACAUAUCCCAUCAAAUCCAAAGAGCAGGUUUCCUUGACUGUUUUAAGGGGACCGUUGUUGGAUGAAGUGCAUCAAAGGAUCAACUCUUGGAUAUAUCAGGUGACUAGAGUGUACAAGGAAAAAGAGCAUGCUGAGAUUGAAUUUAUUAUCGGGCCUAUACCAGCUGAUGAUGGAAUAGGCAAAGAGAUUGUAACUAAGAUUACAACCAGCAUGAGAACCAACAAACAAUUCUACACAGAUUCUAACGGGCGCGAUUUUAUUCAGAGAAUUCGAGACUACAGAAAAGACUGGAACCUGGAAGUAAAUCAACCUGUUGCAGGAAACUAUCAUCCGAUUAAUCUGGGAAUCUAUAUGAAAGAUAACAACACAGAGCUGUCAGUUUUAGUGGAUAGAUCUGUAGGGGGAUCCAGCAUUGUGGACGGGCAGUUGGAACUGAUGCUUCAUAGGAGGUUGCUUGCAGACGAUGACAAAGGUAUUGCAGAACAACUAAAUGAAACUGUGUGCAUUCAAGAUGAUUGCAAAGGACUAACAAUUACAGGGAAGUACCACAUGAGAAUUGAUCCUUUAGGAGAGGGUGCUAAGUGGCGUCGAUCAUUUGGUCAGGAGAUAUAUUCUCCAUUUCUAUUAGCCUUCACAGAAAAAGAUGGAGAUAACUGGACUAGCUCACAUGUCACAACCUUUUCAGGAAUGGAUCCUUCCUAUGCUCUACCUGAUAACAUUGCCUUACUAACCCUCCAGGAGCUGGAAGAUGGAAAAGUACUCUUACGCCUGGCGCAUUUAUACGAGAUUGAAGAAGACAAGGAUCUUUCAGUGAUGGCAAGUGUGGAACUGAAAAAGGUGUUUGCAAACAAAAAGAUAAAGCAUAUAACAGAAAUGAGCUUAACUGCUAACCAAGACAGAAGGGAAAUGGAGAGGAAGAGACUGGUCUGGAAUGUAGAAGGCUCCAACAAAGAACCAAAAGCUUUGAGGGGAGGAGCUGUUGAUCCAACAAAGCUGGUGGUGGAUCUUGCUCCAAUGGAAAUUCGAACAUUUAUAGUCAACUUCUAG